UUUAAAUGUGCUUCUGAUGCUGAAAGAAGAAUCGUAAAUGCAGACUUUUGCCUUGCAAAAGAUUUUGCUGAUGAUGAAAUCUCAGUAAAGGGGUUAAAUGAGUAAUUAUUUUAUACAAUUUUGUUUUCCUAGUGUUCUUGUCAUCUUUCAUCAUCCAGAUAUUACUAUUCAAUCGAGACCAAAUCGAUUGAGGAACUCUACUAGGCCAUGUGCAGUCAGCAAUGUGAGGGAUAUUUGGGAAGCAACAUUUCAUGGUUGUCUUAUACCCGAUGUUCAUAACAUUGCUUUACUGUAUCAUUGCUGGAUUUGGGAUAUAUGUUUGGCACAAGAAGUUUCAGAUAUUCCUAAUCGAGGAGUACUUCUACAUGGUGUUCAUAUUCGUAGGUUUCGAAAACAUAAACAACGCCAUUGCAAUAAUAGCAAUAAACAAUAAUAACUUUGCGGUCUUGACGCUAAUAAUUUUGGUAGAAUUGGCCUUCCACUCUUAUCUUGCUGGGAUUGUGUAUUCUUUCCUCCUUGAAAAAGAUACAGAAUACAGAGUGAAACGAAGAGAAGAAGGAGAAAGCUUAAGGAAGACAACUGAAAUCAAGAAGGUUGAUCUUAAUGGAAGCUCAUAGUUGGAGGAGAAAUUGGAAUGAGGUCCAAGAAGUUUAAACCUAAUGAUUUCUAUUUUUA